CGUUCAUGCAGGUUUGUAAUCAUAUUCCUUGCUACACUCGCAUGUGAAACAUGUUCUUUCUAGGCUUUAUUCUAACCAUUGGAAUUAUUCCUCUUCAUGCAUUUCCUGGACUGGAUAGAUGCAUUAAUCAACGAAUGUUUGCAAUAAUUUUGCAGCUGCAAUCGGAUCUUGGAAAAGAGGAUAUAGAUAAACUAUGUCCUAAUAUCUUGCAGAUAUUUGAUUGCCUUGAAAGUUUAGUCGUACAACGCACUGGACUGACAAUAAGUGAAGUUGCGCAAUUGAUACCUGACGAAACCGUUCAAAAUGGAGUGAAGAUUUUUCUCAAUACUCGAGAUACUUUUAAUAACUUGUGCACAAAAGGGAUGCCUUUGAAUAAAGCAUAUCAUGAGAAUUUUGAGUGUUUAUCCCCAGUAAGUAACUCGCUUAUUGAUUGUGAAAAUAAGGCUACAGAAACGUAUAAUGCCUACCGAGAUUUUAUUGAAAAUUCUGUGGAAGCAGUGAACCCACCGUCAUUACGGGAAAAAAAUUGUAUGACUCAAUCGUACAGAUUUGCCUGUCUUGCCUCUUAUGCUAAGGACAAGUGCGGUGACGCCGCUCGUGACUUUAUUCUGAACUUUGUCAAAAGAACAACUUUUUUGAAAUACGGAGUCUGUUCACCUCCCGAGAUUGAAGAUUUGAAGUCAAAAUUUUUAAAAUUCAUAGAGUUGAGUGGUCAACGUGGAUCAGCUUUCGCAGACGCUUUUGAUUUUAAGAGAAAGAAAUGAUCUGUUCAAGAAAAUGCAUAAUGGGGUAUUCAAAACAUUUUUGACCAUUUUAGGGUAAAAAUGUAUUUUGAUUAUAGAAAGAGAAUUGAAUAACAUCCUUCUAGUGUACGUUCUUAUGUUUUUGAUCAAUAAAGGGCUUAGUCAAGAAAAAUACAUA